CUUGGAGCAGGGACGAGUCCACAGCAGAGGACAGAAAGAUGCCAAAUCUGGGCAGGUAGCAUGCCUGGCUCUAGUUACAUUGACAAGGAUUCACAGCGUUAUUAUGAUUUCAGGCACGAAAUUUAUCUGUCAGAUGAAGAAGUGACCAUACCUGGCGCUCAUCAUGAUAUUGAUAAUGUGAAUGGUCACCGCCACCGCAAGCCUCAUUGCAUUGAUGUUCACAUCAUUCUUUGAUGCACUUUGCAUUUCCCCGUAUGGUUGUCAACGCAAUGCGGACCUGGGGGUAGACAUCAUUCGUUAGCUUUACCCCUCUAUUCGCGCGAAAUCCCGAUCUACUGGGAAUGCGAAUGCCACGGACACCGUUCGCAUUCGCACUGCAAGUCGAUCCCAUAUAUAUUCCCCUACUCGCGAAGGCGAGCCGAACGAAAGGGUGACCUGAGUUCUAUGAGUGGAACAGCCCUCAUGGCCAUAUGCACGGAACUUAUUAUCGGAUCCCAAGGAUUGUGAAGGUGGAGGGGUCAUUCUUCAGAGGCGAUUCACUAAUUCAAAGUGACACCGAACCUAUCAAACCCAAGCAAAUAGGACCUCAGCGUUUUUCAGCAACAGCCAGGCCUUCUCCAGACUUCCGGGCUCCCCUACCGGGCCGCCACGGCUCCAAACUGUCCAGGCGAGGAUGCUCUCAUUUGAUAAAUGCGCUACUUUGGCGGCUCUUGGGUUUAGCAGUGAUACAUUACCCAUCCGCAAAGCAACUAUCCUACAAUCAUCACCAAUCUUUAGCGAGUGGACUAUUCGAGCAUUCAUAUCAGUUGCCAACCAUCACAAUUAACGGAGGUAUGCGCCGACUCGGAAUGCACCCUCCCUCGGCUUCCUGCGUCCUGACUACCACGCGCUUUAGUCCUCUGCUAUCCGCGUCCGCCGUUCUCACCGGCUCUUACAUCUCUUACACGCAUCUACGCCGAGUCCAGUAUUUGUUCCUGCCCGCGGUGUAUUUUUUUACUGAUUUCUUUAGUUUUUUCUCGGACCCUUCUGUUGUUGCUUUGCCUGGCUUCAUUCAGUUUCGCGUUAUCCACUGCAAGUAUUUCAGUCUUUGCUGUUGGUGGAGGUGGUAUGACCUUCGGUUGCCCACGGCAAGUAGGACCCCAAUUAUUCGCUUAGCCUUUGCUCUUGAUUCCUCUGUCAGUUGUAGCUUUAUGUCGCCUUUCGAUCCCAGAAGUCUCGGCGAUCGUCGGGGCUGUUGCUUCGUUAUUCUCCUUCCGCAUGUUCAACCCGUCCGCACACGGGGCUACAUGUUGAAAGCAACGGGUUUGAAGGAAUCGAUCAAACUGGCCUUUCAGUUUCAAUAACGGCGACAAAAACACUAAAGGAGAUUAUUUUG